AAUGACAGACGGAACACAUUUCGUCACCCAGUGACUGGCCAAGUCCCAGAGGAGAACAAGAAGUUCGACUUGAAAACAUCGGCCUUGGACAUGUCCAAUAAAACAGGUGGGAAACGCCCUGCUACCACCAACAGUGACAUAUCCAACCACAACAUGGUGUCCGAGGUCCCUCCAGAGCGGCCCAACAUUCGGGCGACACGAACAUCCCGCAAAGCCAUCGCCUUUGGCAAGCGUUCACACUCCAUGAAGCGGAACCCCAACGCGCCGGUCACCAAGGCAGGCUGGCUCUUCAAGCAGGCCAGCUCCGGGGUGAAGCAGUGGAACAAGCGCUGGUUCGUCCUGGUGGACCGUUGCCUCUUCUACUACAAAGAUGAAAAGGAGGAGAGCAUCCUGGGCAGCAUCCCCCUGUUGAGCUUCCGGGUUGCAGCAGUGCAGCCCUCGGACAACAUCAGCCGGAAGCACACCUUUAAGGUGACUGUGUGCUGGGUAGAUGAGGCCGGGGCCAGUUCCACGCACUGCCUCUCCCCACAGGCCGAGCAUGCUGGCGUCCGCACCUACUUCUUCAGUGCCGAGAGUCCCGAGGAGCAGGAGGCCUGGAUCCAGGCUAUGGGGGAGGCUGCCCGGGUACAGAUCCCUCCAGCCCAGAAGUCGGCGCCCCAACCUGUGCGCCACAGCCACGAGAAGCCAGACUCAGAGAACAUCCCUCCCAGCAAACACCACCAGCAGCCAGCCCACAACAGCCUGCCCAGGCCUGAGCCUGAGGCCAAGACUCGAGGGGAGGGCGACGGCCGAGGCUGUGAGAAGCCAGAGCGGAGGCCCGAGAGGCCCGAAGUCAAGAAAGAGUCUCUGGUGAAAGCCAAUGGCCUCCCAGCUGGACCUGAGCCGGCCUCAGAGCCCGGCAGCCCUUACCCCGAGGGCCCGAGGGUGCCAGGGGGUGGGGAGCAGCCUGCCCAGCCCAAUGGCUGGCAGUACAGCUCCCCCAGCCGGCCAGGGAGCACAGCUUUCCCACCUCAGGAUGGGGAGAGUGGGGGGCACCGGCGGAGCUUUCCUCCACGCACCAACCCUGACAAAAUCGCCCAGCGCAAGAGCUCCAUGAAUCAGCUUCAGCAGUGGGUGAACCUGCGCCGGGGUGUGCAGCCCCCCGAAGACCUUCGGAGUCCCUCUAGGUUCUACCCUGUGUCUCGCAGAGUCCCUGAGUAUUAUGGCCCCUACUCGUCCCAGUACCCAGACGAUUACCAGUACUACCCGCCCGGGGUGCGGCCAGACAGCAUCUGCUCCAUGCCCGCCUACGAUCGGAUCAGCCCGCCCUGGGCCCUGGAGGACAAGCGCCACUCCUUCCGCAAUGGGGGUGGACCACCGGCCUACCAGCUGCGCGAGUGGAAGGAGCCGGCUGGCUACGGCAGGCAGGAUGGCACCGUCUGGGUCCCCAGCCCUUCUCGACAGCCAGUCUAUUAUGACGAGCUGGACGCCACCUCCGGCUCCCUGCGCCGACUGUCCUUGCAGCCCCGUUCCCACUCCGUGCCCCGCUCGCCCAGCCAGGGCUCCUACAGCCGCGCCCGCAUUUAUUCCCCUGUCCGCUCGCCCAGUGCCCGCUUUGAGCGGCUGCCACCUCGCAGCGAGGACAUCUAUGCCGACCCUGCCGCCUAUGUGAUGAGACGAUCCAUCAGCUCCCCCAAGUAUGAUUACCUGGGAGACAGGCGGCCAGUCCCUGCAGGACUGUUCCCCUACAACUACCCACCAUCCCCCACGGUCCACGAUAAGAUGGUCCCUCCGUACCCAGAAGUGUUCCGGGACGGCCUCCACACCUUCAAGUUAAACGAGCAAGACACGGAUAAGCUGCUGGGCAAGUUGUGUGAGCAGAACAAGGUGGUGAGGGAGCAGGACCGGCUGGUGCAGCAGCUCCGAGCAGAAAAGGAGAGCCUGGAAAGUGCCUUGAUGGGGACCCACCAGGAGCUGGAAAUGUUUGGGAGCCAGCCCGCCUAUCCCGAGAAGCUACUGCACAAGAAGGAAUCGCUACAGAACCAGCUGAUAAACAUCCGGGUGGAGCUGUCUCAGGCGACCACGGCGCUGACCAACAGCACCGUGGAGUACGAGAACCUCGAGUCCGAGGUCUCCGCCCUGCACGAUGACCUCUGGGAGCAGCUCAACCUGGACAUCCAGAAUGAGGUGCUCAACCGGCAAAUCCAGAAGGAGAUCUGGAGGAUCCAGGAUGUGAUGGAGGGGCUGCGGAAGAAUAACCCUUCCCGGGGCACAGAUACCGCCAAACACAGAGGAGGACUCGGCCCUUCAGCCACCUACAGCUCCAACAGCCCAGCCAGCCCUCUCAGUUCCGCCAGCCUCACCAGCCCCCUGAGCCCCUUUUCACUGGUGUCUGGCUCUCAGGGGUCCCCCACCAAGCCGGGGUCCAAUGAGGAACCUGGCCCACCUCGGCCUCCCCUCCCCAAAGCCUACGUUCCCCUGGAGUCUCCUCCCACCGUCCCUCCACUCCCUAGCGAGAGCCGCUUCUGGCCAUACCCCAACUCCCCUUCCUGGCACCACAGUGGCGAGACAGCCAGGGGUCAGCCCAAGGCAAGUUAUGAGCAGAGCAAGAAAGACCCUCACCAAACGUCACCCCUGGACACCCCUAGAGAUAUCAGCCUUGUGCCCACCAGACAAGAGGUGGAGGCAGAGAAGCAGGCAGCUCUCAACAAAGUUGGCAUUGUGCCCCCUCGGACAAAGUCACCUGCAGAUGAAGAGUUGGCCCCAUCAGCGGUGGUGAGGAGAACAGCCAAUGGACUUGCCAAUGGACUGUCCUCCAGGCAGGAGCGCCCCAAGAGUGCCGUGUUCCCAGGUGAGGGCAAGGUCAAGAUGAGCGUGGAGGAGCAGAUCGACCGCAUGCGGAGGCACCAGAGUGGCUCCAUGAAGGAGAAGCGGAGAAGCCUGCAGCUCCCAGCCAGCCCUGCCCCUGAGCCCAGCACCCGACCUGCCUACAAAGUGGUGCGCCGUCACCGCAGCAUCCACGAGGUGGACAUCUCCAACCUGGAGGCAGCCCUGCGGGCAGAGGAGCCUGGUGGCCAGGCCUAUGAGACGCCACGGGAGGAAAUUGCCCGGCUUCGGAAAAUGGAGCUGGAGCCCCAGCACUACGAUGUGGACAUCAAUAAGGAGCUCUCCACCCCAGACAAAGUCCUCAUCCCUGAACGGUACAUUGACCUGGAACCCGACACUCCCCUGAGCCCCGAGGAGUUGAAGGAGAAGCAGAAGAAGGUGGAAAGGAUCAAGACGCUCAUUGCCAAAUCCAGUAUGCAGAACGUGGUGCCCGUCGGCGAGGGGGACUCUGUGGACGUGCCCCAGGACUCAGAGAGCCAGCUGCAGGAGCAGGAGAAGCGGAUUGAAAUCUCCUGCGCCCUGGCGACCGAGGCCUCCCGCAGGGGCCGCAUGCUGUCUGUGCAAUGUGCCACCCCAAGCCCUCCCACCUCCCCUGCCUCCCCGACUCCACCAGCCAACCCCCUGUCGUCUGAAUGCCCACGGGGCGCCGACAGCAGCCUUACCAUGCGGGUCUGAGCUCUGACUGCAAGCCCUGGCCGAGGCCAAUGCUGUGAAGCUCCACAGGGCCACCUUCUGAAGCGUCCUCUGCCCAUGGAGGCCCUGGCUCCCCACUCUGCCCCCGGAAGCCCAUGGGAAUGCCACCGGAGCCAGAACGGGGUCGGGGCUGCUGCCACGAGGAGCGCGGAUGCCUUGGUCUCGCACCUGUGGCGCCUCGCCCUGAGACCCUAGCCACUCGUGCCGUGGUCAUGCGGGGCCUGGACAGCGCUGUGGAAGUGCAUCCUCUCUGAUACCCGAGUUGCAGGGAGCCCCAGCCUGGCCCUGGCUGACAUCAUGGUGGCCCUCCUGGCACAUUCCCUGAUGGAGAGUGCACCCCGGUGGAGAGUGGACCCUUAGCCAUCUUAGGUGAAGACCAGAGGUGAAGAGGAGGUGGACCCUCUGCCUCUUGGAGCCCUGCUCAGCACCAAGGACGGCAGCUGUCAUCAUCCCCCUCCCCGCCUGCCCCAACUGUGCACAAGGCUUUGACACAUCUCCGCUGUUGGGACUUCUUGGGGUUUGGUGGAGACCAGUCACCCUGCUUGAGCCAAAGACAAGAGGAGGAGAGAUGGGGAGAGGCUCCUGGGCUCCCAGAGGGGUCAGUGCUGGCUGUGAGAGAGAACAGCAGGUGUGUGCAUGUCUGAGAGCAGGUUGGGAAGGAGGCAGCGAGGAAGGGAGAGAUCCUCAGAGAACGGGGAAGGGGGUAGGAGGAUGUAUUCACAGGCAAUGGGGACGGAGGAAAAUGGGAAGGUGAGUCAGGUUUGGCUUCUCCACAGCGGAGGCUCCUCUUAGUGCUGAGUGUAGGGCCAGAUGGUCAUCUCUGCACCUCCACCUCAUCCCCAGGAGCAUCAGGGCCCCAGGAGGACCCACCAACAGGACACGUGUGGUGUCUCAGCUGGGGUGCUUGUGUGGGACCAGGGCAUGUGGUGAAGGGGACUCGGGGAGUGGCAGCCUGAGAGAUGAUUCUUCCUGGGUCAGGACCCGCUGUCUGCCUCUCCCUCCUGGGAUUGGGCAGAGGGAAGAACCUGUCCUGUGUAGGGUGUGGUCAGCCUUGGGGCCUUAGCUAGCUAGUUUCUUGUCCCAUCCCGCCUAGAAAGUUCUAUGGUCCAGCUGAGUAUUUUCCCCAGAGAAGGAAUGAGGGGACCCUACUUCUCAUCCCAGGUGUCCCAGAGGAGAGUCAGCGGAGGCUGGACUCUGAAAAUCCACCUACCAGUGAGGCGGUUGGGGAUUGGCAGAAGCAAAACAUUCUUCUUCUGCUCCACCCACCUUGAGAUGAAUGUAGCCAGGGAGGAGGGAGAGAGGGCAAACGGAAGUCACCUGCCCCUGAGCCUUCUCUGCCAGAGCUGCUGCCCAGAGACUUCAGCCUGACCUGCAGCAGCCCCACGAACAACUCGUUCAUCUCCACCAAUUCCUCUUCACUCCUUCAUGGCUGGGACAGUUACUGGUUCAUAUGCAAGUAAAGAUGACCAUUCAUUCAACAAAUAUUGAUCGAGCACCUUUUAUGUACUGUUUAGGCACUGUUCUAGGUGCUUAGAAAAUUCUUGGGCUUCUGAGGGUCGACAGACUGGGAGGAUCCUCCCCUAGCUUUACUUCUAGCAGGCUUUUUGAAUAGGCUCCUUGGCUAUGUUCCUAUCUUUGCAGAUCAAGCACUCCAGAUCUGUCCUUUCUCUCUUACAGACUGGCAGGUGGGAUUAGCUUCCAGAUCACCCUCUUGGCCCACAUUCUCCUCCUUCUGUAAGAAACAGAUUUUUUAGGCCUUCCCUCCAUGCCUUCCCCUCUGUCUCCUAUAUUUUUUUUUAAAGAAAUACAAGGAAGAUACCAAGAAAUUACAUCGCAACUCUGCCACCUCUUUUCCCAUUAUUUCACAAAGCUGGCUCUUUAUGUUGCUUUACAUGCCUUAAUAUAUGUUUGAUGGAGAUGAUACAUGUUGGAGGUAUCUAUGUGACAUGUUUGUUUAGAUGUCAGUCCUUUCCUUGGCUCCUGCCUAGGCCCAUUUUCUCUCCGCACCAUUUCCUAGCAUGUCAGGGCUAACCCCCCUUGCCUUUUUGAUCCAAAGAAGGGGAGAGAAAAGACUUAUUUUAAGACAGAUCUAUUUUAUGCUUUUGUUUAAAAAGCAAAUCUAUUUUCAAAAUGUGCAAUGUCUGAAUGGGUUUGCCGGUGAUGUGAGGGGACUGCCCUAGGUCCCAAUCGAAUGCCCUUCCCUCUUCCCCUGACAGCUCCCUUCUUUCCCGUCCCCCAGUCGGCAAAGGGCUGGCCCCCACAGCUCCCUGGAGAGCACCUUGCCAGAGCAGGGCAUUCCCUUCGGAUGUCCUGUCUAAAGGAUGACACUGUCAACUCUCCAUGGCGCACCAAGGGUCGUCGGGUGUGUGAACCCUCUUGAGGGAAUUGUUUACAGUUGUAUGCACAAAUGGACUCCCACGCAGGCGCACCCUCCUCAGCUGGGCUCCUGGACCAUCUCCCUCCCCUCCAUGCUCUGCUGGAAAGGGCAAGCAGUUUUGUGGCAGCCUGUGCUAAAUGGCACUAAGGAGGUCAUCGAUGGACCCAUGCUAUGUGGAAAGCCCAGAGGAGGUGGCUCUGUGCCAUUCCUGGCUCUUUAUCGCAGACACAUUCAAGUUCCUUGAACUCCUACACUUUGGUCCCUCCCUGUUCUGGGUCACGUCUAUGGCAUCUGUCUCCCUCUGUGACCUUUUUCCCUGGAGGCUGUUCUUAGGGGUGACACCUCGGUCUGGCAUCCAGACUGUGAAAUCACCUUCCUUGCUGGGGAAGGUCCAGUGGACCAUGGGACAUCUCAGCCUUACCCAAGAAACCCCCUGGGCUCUAGCAGGCUGCUGCUGAGACCCUGAACUCUGCCAGCUCAGCCUUCCAAACUGCUUGGUGACUGUCAAAAUGAGCAAGGAGGCUUUUGCCUUGCAAGGAUUUGGGCAGGAUGGGAGUUUUUGUCCAGAUCUAAAAACGAGAGUUUUGGGAUUUUGCACAGAGCUCUUGGCCAGCAUUGAAGCCCAACCUCCAACUGUGGCACUUGCUGGCACUCUGUUCCCAGCUCAGAGCAUCUUGCUAUGAACGAACAGAGCCCAGAUGGAGACCCAGGGCUAAGUGACCGUCCUGGGGAAGCUCUGGUUACCCAUCUAGGGCCUUCCCAAUUAGCACAUUACCUCCCUGAUCAAUAACCAAGAGGCUGCACUCGAAUACUGCUACUGUCACUUUAAAGAAUUUUCUGAGGUUGCAAAGCUGUGCACGAGCUCUUCUGCCUUUGCAAGAGGCAUGUUCUUGGGGGCAGGGCUGACUACAGCAAGAUGGACCGACUUCCUUACCCCUUAGGCACCCUCCACCUGGCAGCUCUUAAAACUAAGGAAAAAUAUAAUAUAUAAAUAUAUAUACAUACACAUAUAUCUAUUUAUGCACAUAUUGGGGCCAAUUUGAUUUGCCUAGUAUUAGAAAAUAAAACCAUGCAAGGAAAUUUAUGAUCUCAGUGUCUUUAUUUAGUAUUAAAGUGACCUUAGAUGAAGAGUUAAGGUUAGAUAAACAGAGGGCAUCUCUGUCGGGACCAAACAGCUGUAGCACCCCCUUAGCAUCUGGCUAGCUGAAAUAGCAUCUGUCUAUUUCGCCCUGACUGAAAUAGGUGAGAGCUUGUUCCCUCUUUUCAGCAGAAUUCUUAAUAGAUUUAGGCACUGGAGAAUACCUGUGAGUUUCGCAUUUGUAUCUUGCAAGUUUGUAUAAACAACAGGAAAUAAAAUGAAUGGUUUGUACA